AUGUCACGUGCUGAUGCGUUGAUAAUUUGGAUCUGUUGUGGACGCACCCUGAAUUUGACUUCACUCUCGUCCUUCAAAGUUCAAACAAGUACUAUGGCUGCAAAUUCAAGGUCUUCAUCUCGCGUCCUCGCACCGAGGACGAAUACUCUCCAUACACCGCAAGCUAAAUUGACCACGUUUCUACCAACGGACAACCACUCCAAGAAACGACACAUACGAGACGAGACACAGUCAGUCAAACGCCGGAAGCUCUCUGGUCCAGUUGUUUCUGAGAGCGAAGACGACGACAGUGAUGUGGACGUCUACUCAGAAGAGGAGGGCGUGGCCAUGGAGGAUGCAAGGAUAGCACAGGCCCGGGCGCGCAGACAAGUGGCUUUCAGCCUCCACACGCAAUUUGUUUCGACUGCUGGAAACCGUUGUAGGAGACAAGCUCCGUCCACCCUUCCCAUAUUGCAGUCCUUCGUGUCAUCACAUAAAUCCGACGUGUUCAAGUGCCAGUCCAUUGGUGAAGACACAUACCUCACCCCUCCGUAUUCAUGUGCCUACUCUCAUGGGUCUCGCAGAGGUGGAAACCCGCGUCUCGCUGUCGCCACUGAACAAGGCACCGUCCAUAUCUUGAAUACGCAGAAGCGGGAUAAUUGGGAUCCUGAACCCCAACGAAUCACACUCCAACAGCACCAGAACGGAAUCUUCGACGUGAAGUGGAAUCUGAGGGACACUUCUCUAGCCACCUGUUCUGGCGACCAGUCAACGCGAAUUUCAUCCGUAGAAACCGGGGUCAUAACACACGUCCUUCGUGGUCACACGAGCACUGUCAAAUGCUUAGUCUGGGAUCCUACGAACGAGUCCUUGUUAACAACCGGAGGUCGAGAUGGUGCGAUAUGCUUAUGGGACCUAAGAGUGGGAGAAAGACACAAGAGAGAAGACACGGAAUUCCUUGUGGCGGCUCCGGUGAUGACAAUCCAUGGCGCCCACGAAGACACUAUCGUCAAGAGCAAACCCAAGCCACGGAAAGGAAAGCAAGUUCCUACGCCACGCACAAUUACAAAUGUGCUUUACCCCGAUUCGCAGCCCUAUGGGCUUGUUAGCAGCGCGUCUUUCGAUGGGAUUCUUCGAUACUGGGAUCUUCGCCAGCCAGCAACAACGCGAAAAACCAAGUCGGGCAAGAAGGUACUUCCAACGGAGCUCUAUUGCUCGCCUGUUGACCCCACGACGUUGCACGGUUCACGACGAUCAAGAGGCAUCAUAAGCCUGACUUGUGGUACGGGACCAACGGCAGGCUUAAUCUUCGCUCUCGGGGCGGAUUCACGCAUCCAUACCUACGAUUUGUCGACGUUGACGGCUCAAAGAACCGCGCUUGAGCAUGAGAACCUUCAAACGAAUUCCUUCUACGUCGGCGUAUCCGUUUCCCCGUGCGGUCGCUGGCUUGGGUGUGGGGGAUCGGGAACCACAGGGAACAGCUUUCUUUUCGAUGUUGAAAACGCCGCUCGGCCUAUGGCAAUCCGACAGAAAGGAGUCGAGCUGAUUGGACAGAAGGGGGAAGUGGGCGCUGUAGAUUGGGCGCAGGACAUGUUCGCCACCUGUACCGACGAUGGUACGGUGAGGAUCUGGCGGCCAGACAUUGACACACAAAGGAAAUGUGCCCGACAGCCCGAGGAGAGUGGUUGGGAUUGGAGUUGGGCAACAUAA